ACAAAACCACCAGUUGACGUCACGAGGAUUGGCCGAUUGUCUCAGCAAAUUGCGGUGGGAAGUAAUGAAACGUUGACGACUGUUUAUCAUUCUGGCUGAACACUUCGUUGUCGCAGUUUUACUUUUGAACAAGCAACAUGAAGCAGAAAUACUUUUAGAGAUUUCGACCAGGCAUUAAUGUUGCCGUUUAAUUCUAGCUUGAUUUUAAGUCUACAUUUUCGUCUCAAAGAUCACAGCUAGCUCUACUGGAGUUAACUUUUAUGAGGUGAGGAGAGUUUAAUUAACUUUGGAUACGCGGAUAAUAUUAUUUUAUCACGAUGUUCCUUCAACAAAGACUAUUGCUUGUCGUGCUCCUUGUGGCGGGCGCAGCGGGCAUUUCGUUCCGGGUCGAUCCGAGCGCACAGACGGUAGUCCAGGGCCAGUCCACCACGCUGCGGUGCCAAGUCGACAACCAAGACGGUAUCGCUGUGUUCUGGCAGAACGUGGUGACGGGCGAGUACAUCAGUCGGGACCGUAGGAUUGAUCCAUAUCGCCGGAUCAGUGACUCUGUUAAAAGACGCUACCGGAUUAUCGGGGACCACGGCUCCGGCGAGUACAAUCUCCUGAUCCGGCGCAUUUCGAUGAAAGAUGACAGCAGCUAUGCGUGUGUUUAUUUCCAAGAGAUCGCGUACUACUCCAAAGUGGUUCGUCUCCGGGUAUUGAAACCGCCGGAUAAGGGGUACCCCGUGUGCCUCCUCGGGCCGAGCCUCCAAAUGUCCGUAGGGGACAACAUCACGCUCGUCUGUGAAUCUAUGGGUGGCGAUCCACCGGCCACCCUCACCUGGAUCCGGGGUGAGAGCAUCAUGGAUGCCACCUCAAUCCGACAUGAAUACCGUACCGUCUCAGGCUAUCAGCACACCCUUACUCCGGCUGACCGGAACAUGAGGUUCACCUGUGUGGCCCGGAACCAAGCCCUUGCUCAGCCUCGCUCGUGUUACGUUAUCCCUUUACGGAGCAGUAUUGAAGUCUUGCUCCGACCCGUCGUGUCGACAAUUUAUAUUGGAGACAGUGUGAGCUUUAACUGUAUCAGUGAAAACAUACCACACUUGAUUUACCGGUGGUCAGUGAAUGGUCAAGCGAUAACUGGAUCCAGUUCAAAGUAUGAGCUCCUCAGAUCGGGAUCGAGGUUGAGGGUUGUCAAUGCCACCCUUGGGGACGAUGCAUCUCUUGUCACGUGCAGUGUCGAGCAAGAGUCCCUUCACCUCUCAGCUCACGCUGUCGGUCAACUCUGGGUACGACAGCUCAAGGACAACCUCAUUGAACACACAGCUACAUUGACAACAGUUCCAGUUACCACCACACCCAUGGUUACGACCACGCCACCCUCCCUUACCACCCAACCAGUUACCACUACUAAGAUGAUCACCACUACCGAACCGAUUACCACAACUGAAUCAGUAACUACUACGCCGGCUCCAACUACUAAACCCGUUACCACAACGCAGCCUGUUACUACAACUGAACCGAUAACCACAACUGAACCGAUUACCACAACAGAACCGAUUACCACAACAGAACCGAUUACCACAACAGAACCGAUUACUACACCAGAACCGAUAACCACAACAGAACCGAUUACCACAACAGAACCGAUUACCACAACAGAACCGAUAACCACAACAGAACCGAUUACCACAACAGAACCGAUUACCACAACAGAACCGAUUACCACAACUGAACCGAUUACCACAACAGAACCUAUUACCACGACAGAACCUAUUACCACGACUGAACCGAUCGCCACAACAGAACCGAUUACUACAACCAGACUUCUAACAACCAAGACCACAACGCCUGUGGCCAUUACAACCGAAUUUAUCACCACAACAAAACCAGUCACCACGACCAAAUCGCUUACCACAGCCAAACCAGAACCUACCACGGUGAGACAAACACCUCAAGCAACCACCGCUCCCCAACCACCACCAGUUACCGAAGCGAACUCUCUUGGGAAUGACCCAACUCCAGUUGACAAUAGUCUUACGGACACCGAGCAGAUCAACGUUGUCCCUGGGAUGCCCGGAGCUAAGAAGCCGAGUGGCGUGGACCAGGACAACAAUCUGUCUGGGCUGUUAGAGAGAGCUGUUUCACGCCUUAACCCAUCUCAGCCGGAACAUCCAAGAAAGAUCCCCACUCCAGAACCUGAAACUACGUCGGCAAAAGCAACCAUUAGAGUCACUACCUCACCCCAGCCCGUCAAGACAGGUUCCAUGUCCCUGAGGGGUGAUAUUCCAUAUAACGAGUUACCCACAGUGUACGCACGACCUACUACUCCUGCCAGGACAACCACGCGUCCACCGAGACGUCGAAAGGGCAGACGUAAGACAGGCCGACUGAAGCUUCAGACUACUAUUGCCGCCACGACCACAGUGACAACGACAAAGAGAACGACAAUGACAGCGACGAUCACCCCACCAUCACCACCAACAACAACACUCCCGGAACAGCCUAAGACCGGCAUGGACAACCCAACCCCCGCAAGCGUGAAUAACGCGGGCAGUAAUGACGGUGUGGCGGCCGGGCUUAGCGUCACGUUCAUCCUCUUGAUCAUCCUCGGUGUUGGACUUGCCGUGUAUUACUUCAAGUUUAGAAAACAACCCGCAAACUGAGAAAAUAGAGACUAACAUUAGUUUAUAAUGUACAUUUUUAAUAACAAAAAUACGCCGUGUACACACUGAAAAAAACUACCUGGGCCCAAACUUGCUAAGUACAGAAAAGUAUUGCUGAACACAAACAAGGUUACCAGUCAAAAUUCCAUAAAGUUUACAUUGUGGCAACUGAGAUGGGAUGUUUGCUUAGCAAAGAAAAUUAAUUUGGCAAACAGUAUUGUCUGCUCUCCACGAAAUUUGGCCCUGAUCAGAUUGACCCAAGAUUCUGGGUCCAAGAAAUGGGUCAAGAAUGACCCAUAAUGGAUCAAACUGACGCAAAAUCCGAUUUAAGAUCCCAGCUCGUCAUCAACCACUUUCCGGGUUAUAGCCUGUCGACCAAUAACUUAGGCCCCCAUGGGACCUGGUAGCCAGGUCAGUUCUGGGUCAGUUCUGACCCAAGUUUUUUUUAAAAGGUUUUAGAUCAAACUAUUAAGAUAAUCAUUUUUUGGCUCUUAAAAAUUCCCAUGGAAUGUUGUUAAAAUUGAGUAUCUUUAAGGGCACCGGACACUAUUGGUAAUUACUCAAAAUAAUUGUUGGCAUAAAAAUUUCUUGGUAGCAAGCAAUUGAGAUUUGUUGAUAGUAUGAAACAUGGUGAGAAACGGUAGUUUUUGAGAAAGAAAUAAUUUCUCACUAAAAUAAUUAUUUGAUUUGUAUUCAAGACCUCAGGGAGGUCUCGCAUUAAGCAUCUGAAAGCACACACUUUGUGCGAUAAGGGUGUUUUUUUCUUCUUUCAUUAUUCUCUCUUAACUUCGAGGUGUCCAGUGCCUUUAAAGGAAUAUCUGAAUUGAUGCGUUGUUGUAUUGACACUCAGUGUAAAACUCACUUGUAAAUACUC